AUGUCAGCACCACCACCCUUUCAGGCUCCACAAUAUCAGUAUCCAUCACCGCAAAAUUAUGGUGCACCUGGCUAUUGUUAUUCAUCACAACCAUGUUAUGGGAAUCAGCCACAACCGACAUUUGGUUAUGGUUAUGGUCAGCAACCGCCAAUUAUACAAACAAUAGGACCACCUCAAAGUUCACGUGAAAGCUCGAACAAAUGCUGUUUAUGGACACUGCUAGGAUGUUGUUUCGGUUGCGGUUUGGCAGAAUGUUGCUGCUAA